AUGGAGAAGGUCGUUUUUCUUCUUCUUCUGGUAGAAUUAUCUCACCAGAACUAUCCAUUUAGAAAUGUUUCCCUAUCCUGGGAUAUUCGCGUUGAUGAUUUGGUAGGAAGACUUACACUGGAAGAAAUGGCCUUACAGAUGGCAAAAGGAGGGUCUGGCAUCAAUGGACCAGCCCCUGCUAUACCACGACUCGGUAUUGGACCCUAUCAGUGGAACACAGAAUGCCUUCAUGGAGAUGUUGGCGAGAAUGCUACUUCAUUUCCACAAUCGAUUGGUUUAGCCGCCACAUGGAGUUCUGAUCUUUUGUCUGAGAUGGCUACAGCUGUAUCAACAGAAGUAAGAGCUAUCCAUAAUGAAAAUAUCAAAAAGAAAAGUUAUGCUGAUAAUACUGGAUUAAGUUGUUUCGCUCCAGUUAUUAAUCUAAUGAGGGAUCCAAGAUGGGGGAGAAAUCAGGAAACCUAUGGCGAAGACCCCUUUCUUAGUGGAAUGUUGGCUUCCGGAUAUGUGACUGGAAUACAAGGGGGCAAUCCUAGAUAUGUUAGAGCUAACGCUGGAUGUAAACAUUUUGAUGCAUAUGGUGGACCUGAAAAUAUUCCCGUGUCCCGGUUUGCAUUCAAUUCUCAGGUAUCCGAAAGAGACUGGAGAACAACCUUUCUACCUGCUUUUAGAUAUUGUGUUGAUGCAGGUAUCCUCAGUAUUAUGUGCAGCUACAACAGAAUUAACGGUGUCCCAGCGUGUGCCAAUAAACAGUUACUAACAGAUAUUCUUCGUGCAGAAUGGAAUUUUACGGGAUAUGUUGUCAGUGAUAUGGGAGCUAUUGAAGACAUAAUAACAGGACACCAUUACUUUAACAAUAGUGUAGAUACCGCUGCAGCUUCUGUCAAUGCUGGGUGUAACUUAGAAUUAGCCCACAACAUUACUAACGAAGUAUUUAAUUCAAUAGCGGAUGCAGUUAAUCAAGGAAAACUAUCAGAAGAGUUAGUAAGAGAAAGGGUAAAACCCCUUUUCUAUACCAGAAUGAGGUUAGGAGAAUUCGAUCCACCAGAGAUGAACCCUUAUAACUACAUUAAUACAUCUGUUAUAGAAGAACAAAGUCAUAGAGACUUGGCUGUUGAAGCUGCUAUGAAGUCUUUUGUUUUACUGAAAAAUGACGGCACUUUACCAUUGAGAAAAAACAUUUAUAAAAAUGAUAUUUUGCAGAUUAUUGGACCAUUCGCAGACGCAAUUGAUUAUCUAGAUGGUAAUUUUGCUGCCAAUCCUGAUCCUAAAUUCAAGACAACUCCCCGGAAAGGACUGGAAUCAUUGGGAAUUGUGUCCAAAUAUGCCAGUGGAUGCAAUGAUUCCCGUUGUAAUAUAUAUGAUUCCGAUUCUAUUAAAACCGCUGUAGAAAAUGUUGAUGUGGUUUUUGUUUGUAUUGGGCUAGGUACUUUAGUAGAAUCAGAUGGGAAUGACAGAUCCGAUUUAAAUCUACCCGGUAGACAACAGUUGCUGCUGGAAGAUUCUGUUAAAUAUAGUGGGAAUGCGAGUAUUAUAUUAAUCACUUUUAAUGCCGGACCUGUAGAUAUUCAAUGGGCUGAUGGUAAUGAUAGAGUAUCUGCUAUUUUGGCGGUUUUCUAUCCGGGACAAGCUACCGGGGUAGCCAUAAGGAAUGUUCUCACCAGUUCUGAUAAACCCCAGUUUGGUAGAUUGCCGUAUACAUGGUAUUCUUCCGCUGAUCAGGUUCCACCAAUUGUAAAUUAUACUAUGGUAGACAGAACAUACCGAUAUUUUUAUGGUGAACCACUAUAUCCCUUCGGUUAUGGUUUAACCUAUACUACAUUCGAUUACAGUAACAUGGCUUAUCCAGCUUCUAUUAAAGCUGGCGAUGUUCUCCCAUUGAAUAUAACCUUCUUCAACUUUGGUCACGUAAAUGGUGAUGAGAUCGUUCAAAUUUACAUAUCAUGGAGUCCUCUUGAUGGAUCAAAAGGCACAAGUAGCAGUGUACCAACACCUAGAAUGACACUUGUA